AUGGCAGACACAGAGCAGGGAAAUCAAACAUCUGUCGCGGAGUUCAUCCUCUUGGGAUUCGGGGAUCUUGUUGACCUCCAGAUCCUUCUCUUUCUGCUGUUUCUAGUGAUCUAUAUUGUGACUGUCACUGGGAACAUCCUCAUUGUGGCGCUAAUUGUGACUGAUCAGCACCUUCACACCCCCAUGUACUUCUUCCUGGGGAACCUGUCCUGCUUGGAGACCUGCUACACCUCCACCAUCCUGCCCAGAAUGCUGGUCAGUCUUCUGACUGGGGACAGAACCAUUUCUGUCAGUGGUUGUAUUGCACAGUUUUAUUUCUUUGGUUUCCUAGUGACUGUUGAGUGUUAUCUCUUAUCUGCAAUGUCUUAUGAUCGUUACUUAGCCAUCUGUAACCCACUCAAUUAUGCAGCCAUCAUGAAUAAUGCAAUUUGUAGCCAAGUAGCAGCUGGAUCUUGGAUGACUGGAUUCUUAGUUAGCAUCAUCAUCAUAUUUUUAAUAUCACAAUUAACAUUUUGUGGCCCCAGUGUAAUUGACCAUUUCUUUUGUGAUUUCACCCCAAUAAUAAAGCUAUCCUGCAGUGACACCCACAUGAUGGAACUCGUCACUUUCAUGCUGACAUUUAUAACUACCCUGCCCCCAUUUCUAUUAACCCUGGCAACCUAUGUUUAUAUUAUAUCUACCAUCCUGAGAAUCCCUUCUACCACCGGGAAGCAAAAGGCAUUUUCCAUCUGCUCCUCUCACCUCAUUGUAGUUACAAUUUUCUACGGGGCCAUAAUGAUUGUCUACAUGCUGCCAAAAACUGACACACUGCGAGAUCUGAACAAAGUGUUCUCUGUCUUGUACACAGUUCUGACUCCACUGGUCAACCCCCUCAUCUACAGCCUGAGAAACAAAGAGGUGAAGGAGGCCCUGAGAAAAGCUGUCAGGAAAUGUUUGGCUUUCACAAGAAUGUAG